AAAAAAAAAAGAAGAGGGAAAGAAAAACUGUUUUUAAACUAUCAAGGAAAGAACGAAAACUUCUCUCUUUUUUUGGUUCAAACACCGACACAGUGGCUAGAAAAAGCCUUUUGCUUAAUUCGACUCUCUCUUUCUGAUCUUCCGUCAAUGGCUUCUUGAUCAGGAACAUUGGUUGAGAGCUGUUGACCGGAACCUUAUCAGUUAUCAGAUCAUAUGAAGUGCUCACUCGGUUGGCGAGGUUCUUAGGCAGUUGAUUUACGUGCACUCUUACCAAAUAAUUUUUUGGAAGGAUUAGUCGAGGUGAGUGAGGGAAGACUGAAUUCUGGGACUAAAACUGUUCAUUUGCUAUCACAUUCGACCUGCAAGCUGGGAAACAGUGAACUAAGACUACCAUGGCUGAGGGGGAGAAGCUUAUAGAGCUUAAAUUCCGCAUUUAUGAUGGAACGGAUAUAGCACACAGUACUUACGCAUCCUCUAUGACUGUUUCAACUCUUAAGCAAAAGAUUGUUGCUGAGUGGCCCCAAGACAAAACAGUCACACCAAAGUCAAUAAAUGAUUUGAAACUUAUACAUGCUGGUAAAGUUCUGGAAAACAACAAAACGCUUGCUGAUUCCAAGAUAACAUUUGGUGACCUUCCCGUUGGUGUUAUUACCAUGCACGUAGUAGUGCAGCCUGCUAUAGCAAAAAAUAAGACAGUGUCUCAUUUUCCCAUCUGUCUUGGUGCACUGCAGAAAAGAGCCAGGAGGAGAUGCAAAAGCUGAAUUCAUGCGGGUGUGUUAUUCUUUGAUCAAUAAACAUUCACUGUAGUUAUACUUUGUAUUAGUCCGAUUUUGCUUUUGAAAUGGUGUUCAUCUGUAUACUGGCUGCGUUCUGACUCUGACUACUCAAGUAUCAUCGUUCUUUUUGUAACCAUCCUCUCUUACCGGUAAAAUUAGGAUACCUGGAAACACAUUUUGUAUAAGCUAUGAUUGUACAGAUGAAUCAAUGCAAUUGAGAGAGAGAGAUGAUAACAAUGCAGGUUGCAGCAAAAUACCUUUUGACAUUGAUACAUCCAAUUCUAAUUGUUCCUGUGUUGAGUGUCA